AUGUCGGACACGGAGGUGAACGCGCUGCUAAACCAGUUCCGCGAGGAUUCCCGUCAUCUUAGAGCUGAGCUCGAAAAGCUUCUGACUGAAAAUGAGCAGCUGCGAGUUGAGCGAGACAGAGUUAUCAGAGAAGCAAGGGAAUCUGUCGAAAUGCAGCAAAGAAUGCCAAGCGAGAACUUCUCGGAGCAAUUAGCUAAUACGGAGCAGAACUUGAUUCAAGAGCGCCAACACGCCGUGAAAGCGAUGGCGACAUCGAACCAGCUUCAAAAGCAAAACGCAGAGCUCCGUCGAGUCAUUGCUCAAGCACAACAAGCGUUUGCUACCCAAAAAGGCGAAUUCCAGCGCCAACUCGAUAUUCUCAACAAACAGACCCAGCAACAUCAACUCACCUCUGAUACAAAGGCGGGAGAAAUCAGCAGGCUCGAGGCACUUGUCCAGCGAUUGCAAGCUGAUGUUUCAAACAAGGACGAAAUUAUUCGCCAAACGAGAGCGGAAAGAGAUGAGAUUAAUUCGAAUACGAGAAAGACAGAGAUGUCUCUUGAUCAGAAAAAUCUUGAGUUGCAUUCUGGAAUGGAGCAAAUGGCAGCGCUGAGGAAUCAAAUAGCCUUGUUGAAAGAGAAGGCGACAGCUUCGGAAAGAAGGAUGCUCGAAUUGAAUGGUGAACUAAGCCGACAGUCGCAAAUUCGCGACGAAAUGGCGAUGAAAAUGCGUGAAAUGGAGCAAGUAGCUGCAGCAACGGUUCAACGAGAAAUAAACCUUGGUAUGAAAGAAAGACACGUCGAGCAGCUUGCUGAAGAUUACAGACUUGAAAUUCAUGAAAUGAAGGCAAAAUUGACCAAUUCAUCUUUCCAAGCAAAACACUGGCGCGAAGCAAACGAGGCGCUGAUCGCAGAAGUCGGCGAACGCGUCAGAAAAUCGGUAGCUGAAGCGAAAGAAGAGGCCAACAGAGAGCUCGAGGAAGCUCACACUCAACUUGAUAUUGCCGUCAAAAAUGAAGCUAAAAUCAAAGAAACUCUUGAUCGAGCCAUAAGAGAAAAACGAACAGCAGAGAGUACGCUCGAAGAGCUACUUUCCUUCCGAAAAGACGGCGACGAUCAUUACCAGCAAAUCGUUGAGCUGAACAAAAAGCUAUCCUCUGAGCGCAAAUCACGUGACAAUUUAUCAGAGCAAGUGCGAAUGCUUCAACAGAGAGUGGAGGACCUCAAGGCUGAGAUCAUAGAGCGCGAUUCUUGGCGCGAGAGUGAGGUCAAGCAAGCACAAAAUGGAGAAGAAACUGCUACGGCUGAAAUGCUCCGAAUGAGAAAAACCCUUACUGACAUUACUAAUGAAAAUACGCAGCUAGCAAGCUUGAAUAUCAAAGAUCAAGGAACGAGAGAAAAAACUGAAGCGGCUCUUAGAAUCAAAGUAAACGAGCUGGAAGAGAAACUGGUCGAAGCAGAUAUCAAAUCGCGAGCGAUCAAAAGUCAAGAACAAAAUUCAACUGUAAUUAGAGAGCUUCAGGAAGAAAUUUCUACUGCAAGAGCUGGACUCAAUAGAUGGAAAAGCGAAGCAAUUCAGAUUGCCCAAGAAGCUGACCAGAAACUCCGUCAAAAUAGGCAAGAAAAGCAAGGUCUGAACUUGAAGAUGAAAGAUAUUCGCGAAGAGAUGCAGGAGAUCAUGAAUCAAAAUGCAGAUUUCGCAAGACAACUAGAAGAAUCCGAGCGGGAUCGCGCUCAACUCACUGCAAGAAUUGGAACUCUUCAGCAAAAACUCAAGCCAUUCCUCGUCAACGGAAACUGA